AAUGUCGGCUCUCCCGCUGUGUGCAGCCGGGUGGCGGGCGGUGAGGGGAGGGAAGACAGUCGGUGUUAGCGCUAUCCGCGAUAAACCGGGGUGGGGUGUCACAGCGAUAUAGCGCUCACAGCCUGGUGCAUUGUGGGGGCGGAUGUGACGUCAUGGGGGAGAAUGGCGGCUGAGCUGACAGUGUGGGCAGAGAGACAGUCCCCAAACUGAACAACCAUAACCACAACACCGGCCCUCACUGACUGACUGACUGACUGAGCCAGGGUGAAUGCAGGAGGCAUCGGAGGAUGGAGAAGAAAAAGUUACUGCUGGCAUGGAGUCUCUGGCGGUAAAGGAGGGAGACGUGGAGACUGAGGACGACGACAAAGAGGAGAGUCAGAAAGAAGGAGAGGAGAAUGAGGCGGAGGAGGAAGAGCAACAGCAGCAGGAGGAAGGCAAUGAAGAGGAGGAGGAGGAUGAGGAGGAGGAGGGAGAUAAUUGGUGUAUAUCUUGCAGUGAUGAGGAACUAGAGGACACUGAAGGGUGGCAUCCACCCCCGGAGGAGAUUAAGAGGCUGUAUGAGCUCAUAUCUAGUGAGGGCACGCUGCCUCUAGAAGUGGAGACACUGCUUCGUCGCCCUCCAACUCCUGAACCAGAUCCGUCAGAGGAUGAGUCCGAUCAGGAGCAAGAGGAAGAUGGAGAGGAGGAGGACAUACCGCAAAUUCCAACUGCGUUUGAUUUUGACGAUGAACCAUCCACUCCAAAGAAUUCGCUAAUUGACCGUCGAAGGACACCCGGGACCUCCGGUCGCAGCCAGAAGAGAGAGGCCCGGUUAGACAAGGUCCUUUCUGACAUGAAGCGGCACAAGAAGCUUGAGGAACAGAUCCUGAAAACUGGCCGUGACCUCUUUGACAUGGACCCUGACUCUGUGCCCACCCCAAAACGCUCCACUGCCAUCUUUCCCCGUCAGCGGAAAUACUGAGUCUGCAUGAAGAACUCUUGUGGUGCUGGACUUUCCUGUUUGGAGAGCCGGUAUCCAAAAUGGUAAAGUAAACAUGGACAUGCAAGUGAUUGGUUCCACAAAUAAGGUGUUUACUUGAUUUCGUUCCUUCUGUCUUGGUUCUUCCAUGUUACGAAAUAUAUUGUUGAACACUGUGCCAGGAAACCGGCUUCUAUUCCAUCCAGCCUGCAUGUGAAAGGGCCGCGCAGUCUGGCGCUCUAUAGUGCGGAAAUGGCGCUACAGUAAGGGGCGAGUGCAUAAAAGCUACGUAUUGAUUGGCUGUGUGCCUUGUCACUCAUUUACUUCUGAUGAAUAACUUCCUGCAGAUGUGUGUCAUUGGCUGAUGCCAGUAAUCUGAUGAUCAAAGCGUCUACGGUCCAUCCAAACAUCAUGACAGUGAGGUCUUCGGAAAUGUGAAAUUACUGUGCGUUGUCUGUCAAGAGACAAAUGAAUGGAUUGGUUGAUUGCGGCAGAGAUUUAUUUCAUCUUGUGUAUUUACAUCCCAGCGUGGCAGCUUACAGGAGGUCUGUGCAGUAUUUCUGGACUCGUGUCAGAACCAACAUUUCAUUCUAAAAUAUAUAUCUAGAGAAUCCUCGCCUGCCACGGAAAUGUAAUCAAAUGCUGCCAUUUCUUCGGCUGCCUCUUUUUGCCAUGCUUCAGGUCUUGUGCAUAAAUGGAUUAAAUGUGAUUUUUGUUAUAAAAUAAAGUUGUGAAAAAAUUAA